AGACAGACAUCGACAAAUUAUUACGACGAUUGUAAUCGCAUUUUCCAACAGUCGCCAACAUGCCUCCAAAGGUCGACCCCACUGAGAUCAAGAUCAUCCACCUUCGGGCAACCGGUGGUGAGGUCGGCGCAUCUUCUGCGCUCGCUCCUAAGAUCGGCCCUCUUGGUCUUUCCCCCAAGAAGGUCGGAGAAGAUAUCGCAAAGGCAACUGGCGACUGGAAAGGACUCCGUGUCACCGUCAGACUUACGAUCCAGAAUCGUCAAGCAGCGGUCUCCGUUGUCCCAUCCGCCUCGUCCCUCGUCAUCAAGGCCCUCAAGGAGCCCCCGCGCGACAGGAAGAAGGAGAAGAACAUCAAGCACAGCAAGUCCAUCACUCUCGAUGAGGUCAUUGAGAUCGCACGCACGAUGAGGUUCAAGUCGAUGGCAAAGUCUCUCCAGGGUACGGUCAAGGAGAUUCUCGGCACCGCGUUCAGCGUUGGCUGCCAGGUUGAUGGAAGAAGUCCAAAGGAUGUCAGUGAUGAUAUUGAGAGCGGAGAGAUUGAGAUUCCUGAGGAAUAA